AUGCCAGCGGUGGGCAAUUUCGAGCUGCAGGGGCAGCAAAACUCGCAGCAAGUAGCGCAGGUGUCGGAGCAGCUACAGGCACAGCAGCAGCAGCAGCAGCAACAGCUGCAGCAGCAGGAGCAGCAAGACAGGCCACAGCAGGAACGGCACACGGAGCUGCAGACGCAGGAAGAGGAGCGACAGCAGGAGCAGCAGCUGCAGCAGCAACAGGAGCAGCAACAGUCUCAGCAGCUAGCUGCUUCGUCCUCAAUCUCUCGAGGAACUUCUGACUCCCAAGGCGCUGUAUACUGCUGCAGGUGCUGCCGGCACAAGCUGUUCUACGAGUCGCAGCUGUACCCUCACGAGCCCAAGGGGCCCCCCAAGGGGGCCCCCCGGGGGGCCCCCAGGGCCAAAUGCACCAGUGCCUUUGUGGAGCCCCUGGGGUGGAUGGGGGGUUUAGAGGAGCAGCAGGGAAGGCUCAGCUGCCCCAAUCCAGCAGGUUUUGGGGGCCUUAUUAAGGUUUGUGAUUUGCUGCGGGAGGUGUUCAGUGCGGCUGCAAACUUGGCAGUUGGAGUUGGGUGGGACUUAAGUGCUCCUGCGGCCAUUGGAGCUCCCCAGCCUUCCAAGUGCACCUUUCUCGCAUUGACAAACUGA